CACCCUUUAUCCUCUUUUUAUUCUACGAUUCUUCUCUCUUUUCUCUUUGCUACCACGACCUGUUCAAAGGGGAGAUUCAUUACAUUACUUGCUCUCAUUAGCAAAGCUGCGAUCAGUUUGACCUCAUUUUAAACAAGACUCCGCAACCUAAUGUAUAAAUCCGGCUCUCCCAUUCAAACCACUGGUCAAAACUUGGUGGGUCUAUGGCGGCCGUCAUUCACCAGGGUCGAUAACAAGCUGUAUAUUUUUGGUGGAGGUGGUCAGGUCACGACGGAUUUGCACGCUCUUGAUUUAGUCGACAUGCGAUGGUCAACCGUUCAGACAAAAGGCACUCCACCCAAGAAGCGCUAUGGUCAUACUGCUGUGUUAUGGCGACACUAUAUCAUCAUAUUUGGCGGCUGCAAAGAAACCCAAGACUACUGCAACGAUGUCCACGUAUUUGACGUUCAAAAAAAUACCUGGAUAUCACCAGAAAUAAGAGGCGACCUUCCAGCUGCUCGCUACCUUCAUUCUGCUGCCGUAUAUAACAACAAGAUGUUUGUUUAUGGUGGAUUUGCUAAAAAUCCCGAAUGCACGUAUGUUUUGGACGAAUUGAGUAUAUUGGACCUGGAAACUUUUACGUGGUCAAAUCGACAUGCUAUACCACCUCGUUACAAUCACUCUUGCACUCUCAUAGGGCACAAAAUGUACAUUUUUGGUGGAAAAGACGAACAUGGCAACACCGUGUCGGACUUAUUUACCAUCAACCUGAAUACUCCGUCUUACACCCCGCAUCAUGUAUUAGGCCCUCAUUCACUUUCCGGCAAUUCCAUGGUACUCCUCAAAAGUCAACAUUUCUGUGAAGCUCUUUGCGGGAAAUUGCUAGUGUUUGGUCGAUAUUUGACAGGAGAGACGACAAACAAUGGAAAUGGAUCGAGUUGUAACGCAAAGUCAGUUUAUGGAUUGUGGAUGCUAGACUUGGACACCCUAGAAUGGUCCAAACAAGAAUGCAAUGCCUACUUUGAUGUUGGUGGAUGGAACUACUUUACAGUCAUUGAUGAACCAGUGGGCGGAUACCAGUCACCGUCAGCCAUGCUAAUGGAUAGCGACGACGAUCAAUCGCAAGCGGCUACCAAGAAUUUGUUGUUCUUGGGGAACACCGAUCCCUUCAGACCCCAGGGGUACGAUCACUUUAGGGAUGCUCUCAUGAUUAACAGCGAAUGCUUGGGAUUAUACGACAUUCCACCACCACAGUAUUCCUUGGAGUUUGCUCAACUAUUAAAUGACCCAGAACUUUCCGACUUUGUCAUUGAACCUGCUGAUGGUCCAGAAAUUCAUGUACAUCAAGUGAUAUUGAUGGCCCGAUGGCCACAUUUCCGCAACAUUCACAAAUCAGGCAUGAUUGAAGCAACUCAGCGUCAUUUACAAAUACCAGAACCGCAUGCGGUUGUUCUCGCCUUGUUGCGAUACUUCUACAGCGAUUGCUUGGAUGAUGCUGAACCAUGGGAAAUUGUAGCUGACGUACUCGUUCUGGCAAACAUGUACAUAUUAACUAGACUGAAGAAAAUUUGCUGCGAACGCCUGUACCGUCGACAUUUGACCGUCGAGACAUGUGGCCAUAUCUUUGAACGAGCGAUCUUUGCCCAAGAACCUGGACUGAAAGCCCUGGUGUUGGAAUUUAUGUUUGCCAACUAUGGAGCAGUCCUCAAGAGCAAUGUUCUUGUCUCUAUGAGCCCUCAAGCCAAGGAUGAAUUUCUGGAAGCCGUGCCACAAGAGGCUGUUCUUGAAGUCAGCAAAGGUCGAGCUGCUGCCACUAUCCUUGCCGCGUCUACCGUAGUCACCAAUCCAAGUCAGACCUCUUCACCUGCUUCUUCAGCUGAUAGCGCAGCUGCUGCCUCCAAUCCUUCGUCCAAUACUACAGUAUCCAGUGGAGGCUUUGUCUCCCUGUCAAGAAGUGUCACCGCAGGCAGCCUCUCCAUAAGCAGUGGAGGAGGAAUGGAUUUGAGUGGCAUGAAUGGAAUGAGCGUCGGCGUAUAGGGGGUUUUCUUUG